UAUUUAUGUUUUAUUAGAUUCAGUUUGACUUGAUUUGAUUCGGAACUGCACUGCUUAUUUGCUUAGCAGCAAAUAGUGACUAAUCAGUCUAGACUAUAGGCAGGUGUGAAAGAUUAUUAGUCGGCGUCUUUUAGAGGAUAAAAAUAUAACAGUUUUGAUUAAAAUUUAAACUGAUAAAAUUUCAAUGACUUAAAAAAAUGCUGCGUCGUAUGAAAUUAAUUUUGUGUUUUUGCAUUAUUCUGUGUGCGAUAGGCAAUAAAGCUGACGACAAUCAAGUUUCAUUAACCAAACUUGGUACAAAAACAGGGCCGACUUUAAAAUUCUUCUAUUGUUACUCUUGUGGAUAUAGAAAAGUUUUUGAAGAAUAUGUCAAUAUUCUUAAACAAAAGUAUCCAGAAUUACAAAUUAAUGGAGAAAAUUAUAUUCCUUCUCAUACUAAGAUGCUCAUUGCUAAAUUAUUAAGUUUUGUAAAAAUUUCACUGAUAGUUUUAAUAGUAAGUGGACUUGAUUUAGGACAGCCACCAGCAUCAUUAUGGCAAUGGUGUCUAGAUAAUCGAUUCUAUUCUUGUAUAAUGAUAUUUUUUAUUUUUAAUGCCAUAGAAGGACAUUUCAUAUCAUCAGGAGCUUUUGAAAUACAUUUUAAUGAUGUUCCUGUGUGGUCCAAAUUGGAAACUGGAAGAAUACCACAACCAUUUGAGUUAUUUCAAAUAAUAGAUACUCAUUUGAGUAUGCAGUAUGCAGAUGUAGAUAUAGGAUAGAUUAAUAAUUUUAAUAAGAGAUCAAAUGGCAUUUAUUUGUACCAAAUGUUAAAUCACUGUGGUUAUGGAGCUUUCAUUAUUGCAACUCUGUAAUUGUUAAAAACGAUUAUUAUCAUUUCUAUGUCUUAUAUAUGUAUUUUAUUAUGAAUCUUGCUAUGUUCUCAGUUUAGUUGAGAUAAUAUAUUCAAAACAGAGUUUGCAUAAAGAAAGCAGAAAUAAAACCUUUUAAUAUUGCUCAAAA